AUGGUCGCUAGCGAGGCGGAGGCUGGCUGGGAAAGGCUCGAGGCCGGCGGCGUCCCGCCCACGAUGCGCCACGGCCUGGCCUGCGCCGCGCUCAGGACGCGCGACCGCGCGCUGCUCUACGUGUUUGGUGGCAUUGAUGCCGCUGCGCGCCUCGGCAGCGGCGGCGCGGGCAGCGCGGACGAGUAUCUCGACGAUCUGCACGUGCUCGACGCGACGGACGGCGCCAUGACGUGGCGCCGGCUCCUUCGCGGCGCUUCCGCCUCGUGGCCGCAGCGGCGUGCCUUCCACACCGCCACCGCCAUCGACUCGCGCGCCUUCCUCGUGUUUGGAGGCGCGACGGCGCCUCCAAAGCGGCCGCGCCGCCGCUCGCGCGCCAGCAGCGGCGCGGCGGCGGACGAAGGCAACCCUGUCUCGUACCUCAACGACGUCUGGCAGUUUCGCGGCGAGGACCAGGCCUGGGUGUGCGUCGAGAGCCGCGGCGAGCCGCCGCCGGCGCGCGGCGCGCACGCGGCGGCGCUCGUGAGUGCCCCGCCCCGGCUGCUAGUCCACGGCGGCUGCGGCGAGGGCGGCGCCGUGCUGGACGACCUGUGGCUCCUGUCGGUGCGGCAGAGGCGUGGGCGGUGGGAGGAGCGGGACUGCGGCUCGGCGCACGACGCGUCGGGAACGCGACCCCGUAGGUCGCCACGCCCACGUGGAGCAGGGCGCGUCCUCCUCUUUGGCGGCCGCUCCGACGUGGACGCCGUCUGCGCGCCCGUCAUGUUUGCCCUCGACCUCGCCUCGCUCAGCUGGGACGCCGUCCCGCCCGCGCAGCACCAAUGCCCGGGAGGAGGCCGCUCGUCGCACUCGGCCGUCGAGAGGCCGGCCGAGGGGGGGACAUGCGCGGCCGGCGUCGCUCGCGGGUCGCACGGCGCCGCGCUGCUCGAGCGUCGCUCGCAGGGGCCGGCGCUAGCGGUGGUCGGAGGCUACGCGGGCAGCGGCGUGUGGGCGGACGGCUCCCUCCUGCUGCGGCUCGGGCCCGUGCUGCGGAGGAUCGAGGCGCACCCGCACCAGCGGGCCGGCGGGGGAGGCGCGGCGGAGGAGGUGCCGCCCGCCGCGCAGCCUCGGAAGCGGGCCCGCGCGGCGGAGGGCGGCGGUGCGGGCUUGAGCGGUGCGGGCGUGAGCGGUGCGGGCGGAGGUGCGGGCGGACGAGCGACGGCGCCGGCCGACGUCUUCUCCUUCCCGUCGCAGUCCCAGUCGUCGGCGCGCGGCGGCGCGGCGCGGGACGAGGACGGCGGCGGCGGCAGCGUCGGUGGUGGUGGCGGCGGCGGUGGAGGUGGCGGCGGUGGCGGUUUUGGCGAGGCGGCGGCGGCGAGGCCGGCGGCGCAGGCGGCGUCGACUCGCCGGCUGGUCUCGACUGCGGGCGAGCGAGGUGGCGGCGAUCCGGCGGAGGCGCGGGCGGCGGCGGCAGAGGCGCGUGUGGCGGAGCUCGAGGCGCGCUCUUCGGAGGCGGCGCAGACGGCCGCCGCCGCCGCGGAGGGCGCCGCGGCCGAGGCGAGGCAGCUCAAGGGGCGCGUCGAGGCGGCGGAGGCGGCGGCGGCCGAGGCGGAGGCGCGAGCGAUUGCGUCCGCGCGCGCGCAGGGCGAGUGCGAGGCGUCGGAGAGGGAGGCGAGCCGCGCCGCGCGGUCGGAUCUCGCGGCAGAGCAGGCAGCGCUGCGGCGGGCGGCCGAGGAGGCGGAGCAGAACAGGAGGACCCUCACAACCCUCUCCGAGAGCCUGGCGGCCGAGGAGCUCGCGACCGCCAAGAGCGGCGCGGCGGCCCUGCGCUCGCAGCUCGACGAGGCGAGGCGCGACGCGGCGGCGCGUGCCGACGCGGCGCGCGAGUCGGCCACGGCGCUCGAGGCGCGCGCUGCCGAGGUUGCGUCCCUCCGCGAGGCACGCGCCGGAGCGGACGCGGCGCUGAGCGGCGCGCGCACCGAGCUUGCCACGGCGCGCAAGCGCGAGGCGGCGCUGUCGACGGAGCUGGAGGCGGCGCGUGCGGCGGCGGCGAGCCACCAGACGGCCGCAGAGGCGCGCAGCCGCGAGGCGCUCGAGCUGCGCCAGCAGCUGCACGCGCAGAAGCAGGCGGUGCGCGCCGCCGAGGGGCGGCUCUCGCGCCUCCCGGGCUCCGCCCGCGCGCUCGCCGAACGGCUCAGCGACCUCUGCGAGCCCAUCGAGGCGGCCCUGCACGAGCUCAAUGCGGCGCACGCGCCGUCGAUCGAGCGCGGCGACGGCUCCCGCGGCACCGGCAGCUUUUGA